AUGUUAUCGGCUACUAACGUUACUAACACAACAGCUGAUAACGAUCAACUAAUGCGAUCUGCUCACGACGAUGCUGAAGAGAAGAACGGGCAACUGAUCGCAUCAUCUCCACCUCCAGAGUCCAUAACCGAAAAAUGCCCAAAAACUGGUGUCGAAAGUGCUGAGCUCGACAAAUCUGUAACACCUGGAAGUGGCGAUCAAAUUACGCGGAGACUCAGAUCGGCUGAUCGCUCAUCCUCGAAGCCAUCCGAGUCGACUGAAUCACCGAACAAGACAAAUACUCCAAAAGAGGGUCGAACUCCAAGAAGACGCAGCGCUAAAAUUCGUAUCGAGACAUCACCGAACGAAAACUUCCACAGAAUCGAUGCAAAGGAAUCAUCAGAC